AUGGUUCGCCGAACACUAUCACUGUUCUCAUUCUUUCUAACAUUUUAUCUAACAGUAUCAGGGGUGAUUUCAACCACAUUCACUCUUGUUAACAAAUGUGACUACACGGUGUGGCCGGGGAUUCUCUCAAACGCGGGUGUUCCUCCUCUUUCAACCACCGGCUUCGUUCUACAAACAGGCGCCUCCACCACAAUCGCUCCACCCGCGUCUUGGGGAGGCCGUUUCUGGGGCCGAACGCUCUGCUCCGAAGACGCCACCGGCAAGUUCUCCUGCGUCACCGGCGACUGCGGUUCCGGAAAGCUCGAAUGCGCCGGGAACGGCGCCACGCCGCCGGCGACUCUAGCGGAGUUCACCCUCAACGGCGCAGGAGGCCUUGAUUUCUUCGACGUAAGCCUUGUGGACGGCUACAACGUGCCGAUGCUGGUGGUGCCGCAGGGAGGCUCCGGCGAGAAGUGCACCGCCACGGGCUGCGUCGGGGACCUCAACAGCGCGUGUCCAUCGGAGCUGAAAGUUAUGAGCGCGGACGGGAGAGAGAACGUCGCCUGCAAGAGCGCGUGCGAAGCAUUCAACUCGCCGCAAUAUUGCUGCAGCGGCGCGUACGGCACUCCCGACACGUGCAAGCCAUCGUCUUACUCUGAGAUAUUCAAGAACGCAUGUCCACGCGCUUAUAGCUACGCGUACGACGACAAAACCAGCACCUUCACUUGCGCCUCCGCCGAUUACACCAUCACCUUUUGCCCUCCCCUACCACCAGAUGAUAAUUAUUGUUCUUUUACCAUUUUCAGUCAGAAGGCAUCGCAGGGACAACAAGAUGGUUUUUCUCCCACCACGCCACUGCUUAACAACGGCACCAUGGUGUACCAAGGUGGUUUCGAUCAGAGUGCAAUCUCGUGGGCCACAUCCAGCCACGUGUUCCAAUCGCAAGCCGUUGCCGGCAUAGUCAGUGUCGCGUUGGCAAUGUGGCACUUGUGCCACCUCUUCUAA